UUUGAGUAACUAUAAACUAUCUGUCGGUUAUGAGUAACCAACUACUAAAACUGGAUGAAGAUGAAAAGCCAAGUCAGACUGUAUUGUUGGCUGAAACACAAAUUUAAGUAAAGGUCAGGGAGAAGUACAGAUACCUUAAUAUCUUAGGAAGCAGAUAAUGUAGAAUACAUUAAUAGUUCUGUAUAUGGCAAUAGAUCAUUGCUAGACCUAAUUAUAAAACACAGUACCAACUCUUGUUUUAUAAUAUGCAAAGAGAAAACACUGGCGAAUAAGCAUAGGGGCCUGUUGGUUCUUGUAUUUGUAGUACUUCUGCCACACUACAGAAGGAAUGUUAUUCAUAUUAUUUGAAGUGAUAGCAAAGCCAUGAAUUUAUCCCUGCCAUCGGUGUAAAGGAAUUGUUUGCUGUCUCUUUGGUGUCUACAGUGACUGUCUUGCAUAAGGCAGUCUACCUAAAAUGUGUAAGUUGAUGACAUCCACUCACAGCUGGAUUCUUGAUAACCAGAAUAUUCAGAGCAGUACAUGUGUAGUGCAGAGCUCUGGAACAGUGGGCAUUAUCAGUUUUCUGUUCCAAACAAUAAAGUCUAGUAUAAGAUUUUUUCUAAGUAAUUUCAAACAAGUCUACAGAAAAGGAAACAAGUUAUUGCCCAUAAAUCUGAGAUUCAAAGUCAACUUUCAUCAAAAGCAUGGCUGGCUAAGUUUUAAUUAGUACUGUUGCCUUUCUUAAAUAUAAAUAUGCAUAGAAAAGCUAAUCUUUAGUCAUCCCUUGUUUUAAGAACCAUGUUACCAGCUUACAGCAGUCAAUUCUAAUAAGGUUUCCCUCCAUCAACAGUGGAAGAAAGAGGGACAAAAGGAAUGCUAUUUGCCUAUAACUCUAUCAGCUGGUAUGUGAAGAAGCAUGGCAUCUGGUCAAAUGAAGUACUAAUGUCCUAAGCCAUAGAAAAAUGGCUGCACUAGUGCAGCAAGAAGAAAUUCAAAUGGAUAUAAAGCACUGGCACAUUACACCACGCAGAAAUCCACAUCCCGCUAUUUAAACUAAGCUUAAAAACAAAAGGGCUACACUAGUUACAUACCUAAUAUUUUUCCAACUAAUGUAAGCAAGCAGAAACACAUUAGCAUGAUUGUAGUACCAUAGUCUAUUUUUCACCUAAAUAAUGCCUGCUGCACCUACGUAAGCUAAAAUCACAUUUUAGAUUAGGGGAAAAAUAACGUGUAGUUUAAAAUGCAGUCAGAUGAUACUGGGUCAGAUGAUUCACAUAAAACAAACCAAGUUAGGCACUACAGUCUGUACCUGCCUAUUGUGAAGGACAAGUGACAGUACUGCAUUCACACUUUAAUCUGGUGGGGGGAUGUUCAGAUUUAUUUAGAAUUAGUUGCAUAAGAGGCAUAAUCAAAUUACUUUGUCAUUUAAGAAUAAGUGGUAAGUUUACUUCCAUAAUUAGUCCUCUCCCACUUUAAAGUGUAUGGAGCAAGGCAGUGUAGACUAUUUACAGUCAUUAACUAAUGUGCUUUUGGUAUGCCCCUUGUGCAAGAGAAUCCACAUUUCCACACUGGAAAUUGCUUUAUAAUUGCAGGUGCAUAGCUAAAUCCCAUGGAUAUCUAUCCAGAGCCCAAAUACAUUUGUCUCCUGUUGACAAAAAUAUUAAAAGCUUUUAAAAAAAAGAAGCAAAUAUGCUAUACUUUAUCUGCCUUAAUGUCAACAGUGACUAAUGUUAUUAAUUGCUUACUGAUUUAAUCUUCACCUCUUGAUGUUGAAAGCACUUGCUCUAAAGGUUAUCUCAAGCCAGAGAAGUUACGUUUGUUUAUUACAAGUAAAGACAUUUUGUUUUUAGAACAAGUUUAUUGCCUCUCCCUUGUUCCAGCUGCCCUAGCUGCUGUCAUGAAAGCUAAGGCCAUUUCACUGAAGAAAGAAAAAAAAGAUUAUUUUUUUUUUAAAUAGAAAAUGCACAUAUCUGUUUCCUCAUAUUCAAGUACUGUACAUUUAUAGUUGAGGUACCUCACAACCACAGAAAGCACAAUCUGAUUCUUCAGCUUGUUUUUCCUCAGGUUAGUAAUCAACCAUCUGUAUUUUUUCCUUUUAAGUUUAAUUCUUCAUAAGUUUAAAUAAGGUUCUAGUUUAUUUACUUGAAUUUUUGCUUCUGUUUGAGGAGAAGCACGUAUUUCAUUCAAGGAGUACAAGAGAGUCACACAGGUUUCCUUGGCUCUGCUGUGCUUAGACACAAAACUCCAGAGCAGUUCCCAUAGAUAUCAAGGAAGUACUUGCAAGGAAAGAGUAAGAUUAAAUAGAAGUUGAAUUGCAGAAAGCAGGCACAAUGGGGAGGGCAUUGACAGAGCAGCAGAGAACACCUAAGUGCCACAACCCACCUCAUUCUCCUUCGCAGUACAUGGACACCUGUCUGCCCUUCACACAGCUCCUCAGACCACUGCUGGGAGGAGAAAGAAGACCCAAACAAACAAGCUCAGAACCUUGGUUUUCAAUUUAGUGGUAACAGCAGGCAAAUGACCUGUUUAUUCUGAGGAUCAGCAGCUGUUCUGGUUUUGCAGGACCAGAAUUAUGGUUGAAAAAGAUACACCAAAUCUUUCCAAGCAGCAAAGCCUCCCAUCUUUUGCACCAGAAGAACGAGAUUAGCCAGAAAGAAUAAUGCUCAAAGCAGUGGCAGAAACCACAAUUUGCCUUGGGAAGAAGUCUCCACAUAUUAAUGUCUUUUAUAAAAAGCUUCCUGUAACCGUUACAACUGUCUGGAAACACAACGUGCAAAUCGACCAAAUGAUUCAGUGAUCAAGAAGCAAGCAGACCACUCAGCUGAUUCCUCUUAGCCUGCCUACUGGUUUUUCUAGAGCAUUGUAUCUUGUUGUGAAAGAUUAUAAGUCUUUUGUAGCUCAGUCUGCUCCCAAACACUGUUACUUAAAAGAGACAAAAUUAAUUCUAAAGGAGUUGCUUUGUUUAUAUCCUGAGUACCUGGAGCUCUGCCCUCAUGCCAUUUUCUGCAUUAUAGUGAAUCAGAUCUGAAUUACAUUAAGUGUACAUAAGACCAUUUCAGUCUAACUUGUUUUGCAAAGUUUGUUCUUCUAGCUCAAGGGUUACAUGUGAGCAGUAGAAGAGUCCCAGUAAGAAUGCCCACCUCUGACGAGUAUUUUGUACUUAAGGUAACUCCAUACAUUCCGUUUGCUUUGAGUUUUCCACUUUUAAAGUUCUGUCAUUCUCUUAAUCUUGCUAAGCUUUUUCCAUUAGGCCAAUACCCAGUGCAAGAAAUAAAAAUAGAAAAAAAAAUCCCAAUCAAAAUUCCAUAGCUCAGAGCUCCAUAUGUAGCAUAAGCCUCUAUCUUUCUGGAUGUGGGAAAGAUUACAAUGUACACUACUCUGAAAAGAAUUAAAAGCUGAUUUAGUUUGAUACCAGCAUGCCUUCAGGCACUGUGGAUUCAAUAAUUCAGUAAUAAGGGGAGAGUACAUUAAGAAACCCAUUAAGAAAAAGAACCAUCUCAAGGCAGGGUUUGAUUGGUUCACAAACACACUGUGUUGAACAUUAACACCUGGUGUGUUGUCUAAGCAGAGACUUAUGGGACAGCAAGAAAAGAGAGGCAAUGGUGCAAUUAACAACUGCAUGCACAGGGCAGCAGAUGACAUAUAGUCUCUUAGCAUCUUCUUGGUGUUUUGUCAUUUCACAGCACUUGAAGGUACAGGCUAGAGAUUUUGUUUUAUAAACUAAGGGAGAGUCAGGUAUCAGCUGUCAUGAAGGAUGUAGAAUGGAGCAGAACACCAGAGGAAGGCAGAAUAGCAGGUAGUGGGCCAGGAGAAGACAGAAAAGCAACCUGUAAAGCUCAUGUUUGCCCAAGGUACACAUCACAACAUCCUGCAAGGUCAGGUGCACCAACCACAGGGAAAACGUGGUGCAUUUACUCCACGGGGAUCCUGCUCCACAAAGCAGCAGCCCUUACUUUUCUCAUUCAGCUUCUGAUGAUGUUCUUUAUUUCUCCCAUCUCGGACUGCUCAAUUGACAACCUGCCUUGCUUUCCUCAAGUAGCCCCAAGCACAACAAUGCCAGAGCCACUCUACAAAAACGUCACCACUAUUCAAAUAGGCCUAAAACAAAACCAAACAACUUUGCUUAUCUGUGUCUCAAGCGCCUGCUUUCAGUAAGUUGUCUUUGUUGCACAACAACUUAAUAGCUCAAAUCCUGUUUCCCACGAUCCUCAGUGCCAGAUCUACAGGCACUCAGAAACACUCAAACCACAUUUUUUUAAUUGCUACUUUACUUGUAACGUUUUCUCCUUCUCUGAGUGUGCAUGCAAUAGGGGACUUAGCAAAAGCCCACACAGAAACACCCCCACCCAUGCAGGCACAGGGCUGAGCAGAGCCCCUGAUGUGCACACUUACUUCUAGUGCCUGCAGGCUGAUGUCCUUACUCAGCAAGCCUUCCUUAUCAGCCACAGCAUGCCCAGGUGCUUGUGAUUUCCUGUUUCUGAGAGCAGCACUAACAGCUUAACCAUGGCACUCCUGAAUUUAGAAAGCUGUUUUACAUCUUCAUGCCAUGUUUCCACACCUCCACAUGCAGGCUGAGGACAGCCACACGAAUAAAAGUCUGUGACUACAGAGCACUUUCCCUGUUGAAAACACUUAGCAAGGAAACCCACAGGCGUUACUCAUUAUAAACCUUUCCUACAGACAAAACGCAACAAGUACCAGCAUGCAGUCUUGCACCUUUGCAUGUUCUAGUGGAACAUCAUAGCAAAGGAGUGUGCUCAAGAACCACAGUACGAAAAAACAUACACACGCUCAACUGUUCUGUGCAAGCAUUUUAAAUUUAACACACAAUACCACACAUCAUGUACCACAAGGUUCCAACCUCCACUGCACGCAUACAUGAUGGACAGAUUGGAGAUCAAAUUGAUGAUUACAGUCCUAACAAUGUCUGGCAGUCUUAUUUUAGCGUUUGUUUUAAACGUGGUUUUCUCACCUACAGAAGGAAAUAAAAGUAUAACUUUAUCAUCUUGAGAAAAAAUACAGUGGAAAAAUAUUUUUCAUUUCUUUGAAGACAGAAGCCACCUAAAAUAGAACAUGCCAAAACCACAAAAUCUAAACAUAUGUAUUUUAUUUAUUUUCUGAAUAUUUUCAAUGAAAGCUCCUAAACACAAAUUAUGUAAAUUCCCCUGGCUACAUUUUUGUUUUGCAACAACAAAAAUGAGUUAAUUAUCAUGUUACCUGUAGUCUUGUAAAGUCAUGCUAAUGAAAACACAGAUUGCAGUCACUUAAAAUUUUGGUCCUGAUCUGUUGUAGGUAUGUAGCAUUGAGCAAUCAGAUUUGUAACUUUAUUGUGAUGCAAUGUGUAUGGGAGUGAAUUCAUUCAGUUCUUAAUGAAAUGUGAUCUGCGGACUCUUGCUCCACCUGGGUGAUAAUUGGGGCUGAUCACAGAAGGGUGUAGGAAAAGGCUGGGAAAUACUUAAGCUCGUUUUGCAGCUACUUUGAGCUCUUAGGAAAUGAGUGAUUCUUGUAUAGCAGCAGCCUGAAGAUUUCUGCAUAUACAAAGAAGCGGUAAAACUCAUGAUGGAAGAGCAAAAUGUUGCCACAGAAGUCCCAGCAGCCCUAAAGCGCCUGGCCAAAUACAUAGUGAGGGGUUUCUAUGGAGUAGAGUACUCCCUGGCCAUGGAUGUACUGACCCGCUACCCCUGUGUGAAAGAGGAUGACUUGUUACAGCUGCUCAAGUACGAACGCAAACAGCUGCGCACUGUUCUCAACACACUCAAGGCAGACAAGUUUGUGAAGCUGCGUAUGCGAGUUGAAACAGGGCCUAAUGGGAAGAGCACAAGGCACAACUACUAUUACAUCAAUUAUAAGGUGCUGGUGGAUGUGAUAAAAUACAAACUGGACCAUGUGCGGCGGAAGAUAGAAGCAGAUGAGCGGGAUUCAACUACCAGGUCCUCAUUUAAAUGUCCAUCUUGUUCUAGCACAUACACAGACUUGGAGGUCAAUCAACUCUUCGAUGUAUUUACAGAGACUUUCCGUUGUACUUACUGCAAUACUGAAGUAGAGGAAGAUGCAUCAGCGCUGCCUAAGCGAGAUGCUCGAACCUUGCUAGCAAAAUUCAAUGAGCAGAUGGAACCUAUCUUUGUGCUACUGCGUGAGACAGAAGAUACUGUUCUGCCAUAUGACUUGUUGGAACCUCAGCCAACAGCAAUCCCAGGGAUAUCAGAAAGCUUUGACCAAAAGGUAUGUUCAAGCAUGCUGGAACCCUGCAGUAGACCUGAAAAAUGGGCCACCAAAGAUUCUUCUUUUGGCAAUACGUAUAGUCAAAACUUAAUUAUUGAUGUCCAAGAUUCUGAGUGCAAGAAGAAAAAGAAAGAAAAAGCAAUUAAAGAGCGACCUAUCUGGAUGUCAGAGAGCACUGUGGAAGGAGCAACAACAGCUACCAUCAAUAAUCCUGGAACAAAUGCUUCUGAAGAAGCAGAAGAAACUGUUAAAGAAACUGUCACUGAGAAUGAAAUCAUCAAGACUCUUCUCAUCCACGAAACCAUGAAGUCAUUGUCCAGCACAGACUGUGCUCCUGCUGUCAAAAGCAAAUUACCUGAAUCAGGCAGUGAUACUGAGUCUGAAAAUGCCAAACACUCAAGUACAGUAACAACAAAAUUAGCAGGCAGCAAGUUUGAACAAGAGGAAGAGCAAGAAUCACCAGAUCCUAUUUUAAUGGUAGCUGCUCAGCCUUACUCAUAUCAUGAAAUUAGUGAAAAUCCAGAGCUUGUGUCUCUCAUGACAAAUGAAGAGAGAGAAGUUUAUAUAAAAGUUGGACAAGAAAUGUUCCAGUCUGUGUUUGAGUAAAUACUAUUGCACUGAAUAUACAUGCCUGUAUAGAACGGAUAACGUUGUCUUUUGGAUUAAGACAGUUAGCUUGAUCAUUUAACUCAGGAUCUUACACUUAUCACUGAGUUAUGUUUUGUUUGAAUGCCUUUUGUUAGCAAGAAAUAUUACCUGUAGGAGGUAACUACGAUUCAAAACACUAACAUUGCAGAAAAAGAGCCCAACGUUACUACGGGUUUUCUGUUGCUUUAGUGCUUAAAUUUUUUUGUGAAUGCUUUAAUCACUAAUUCUGGAGCAUAAAUAAUUCAAAAAUGCAACUGAAUAUUGUGAUCUGAUUAAAAUAAAGUUUCAAAAGCAAUGUCAUAAUCUAUUAAAAAUAAUAAUCAGUCAUGGUGCCUAUAUGGGAACUGUUGAUCACAGCCUGAACCUCUGACCACAUGAGGCAAACAAUGAGUCAGUUGUGGGAGCACAGGUGAAGGCAAUUCACCUGUGUGACUGGAAGGCGUGGAGCCUGGCUCCACCUCUCCUAAAUCCCAUUUAAAAGCUGACUGCCACUGAGGAAGGAUCUCUUUCUGGAGAUUGCUCCUCAUGGAGUUUAUUGCGACCCUACAACAUCGGUGAGCAUUUUUCAUUUAUUAUCUUUCCACUGCGAUAAUCCUACUUAGCCUAACCUCUGUACACCUAUUGAUUGUACAGUACCUUCCUCCUAGAAUUUUCAAAAGUGAAUCAUUCUAAUAGGGUUUGGUUUCAUUCUGUAUCAGUACAUUCUCCUUCUACAUAUUGGCUUGCAAGUCAUUCUCUAUGCAGUAGUAAUACAUUUUAGAGCAAUUUCCCUCAGUUCAAAGUACUGCUACUAAAUUUUCUUAGCAAUAGAAGAAAAAUCAGUUCUGGUAUGUUAACUUUCAUCUUAAAAAUUACAAAAUGAAAAAAAAACCUAAAAAUGCUUUUCACUUAUUAUUCUAUACAGCUAUUUCUAAGGGGAUAACAGCACAAUGAAAUUCAGAAUUGUGAACAGUUUCAAAAAAAUGUCUGUUACCAUUUCACAGUUAUUUCCUUGCAAAAGGCUAUACAGCAGGUGUGAGCUGCAAGACAGCCAUUUAGCCCCGAAAGUUGCCUUCAACACUUUUUUUUCCCUCAAGAUGCCUAUAAUAGGUAGUGUACUGUAAUAUUCAUUUUGGUGCAGAUUGCUAUGCAAGCAGUUUAUCAAGCUAAAAUUUCCAUUCAUACUCUUCUGCACUCAUUUUAAGUGAGAUUCUAAUACUACUGGAAAGAAUGACAUUCUACUUGACUGGAACUACAUGAGAGUAGAAGUAUUGGUAUCAGACUAUAAGAUUAAUUCCUUUGACAAAUAUAAUUAUUCCUUGCUAAAAUAGUAAAGUAGAACAUGAGAGUACAAACUGGAGUAGAGGAACCUGUUUGAACAUCAGGAAAUACUGAUGGUGACUGAGUGCUGGUUCCCUAUAGGGUGUAAUGUCUGUGUUGUAGAUUUUAAGGUUGUCUGGAUAAGGUCAUGCACAACAGGCUCCAGGUGGCCCUGCUUGAGCAAAAGGGUUGGACAAGGUCAUCUCCAAAAAUACCUUCUAGGUAUUCUAGUAGGUAUUCUAGGAUUUUGUGAAGAAAGUGUGAACAAAGGAAUAUCAAAGGUAGAUGGAUUAUUAUAAAGAGAAUUUGACUUACAGUGUCAGAGGAAGAAGAAUGGCAGAGGCUUCACUCUUGUCACAGAGUAACUCAUCCACUAUUGAAAAAAACUUUCAAUAGUGGAUGAGUUACUCUGUGACAACAGUUUCUUAUUUGAAAACAGUGAGUAUCAAUUCUUUCUCCUGUCUCAUGUGUCUCAUUAACUGGGACAGUUAGCCUGAAGCACAGCCUAUGUGUUACAGUACUAGUGCUCGGAACAGUAACACAAUUACAAGGGCAGUUUCAAUUGUUAUUAGGCUUCUUUAAGCAAGCACAAAAACCUUUAGACCCUCAACCCUAUCAAAUUACUAACAGUAACUAAGACAAAAAAUGCUGUCUCUCUAUAUAAAGUCUGACAUGAAAUACUUUGUACUUCAAAUUAAGAUUUUGUAACCAAGAUUUCCUUAAGCAAUUACAACUCCCAGAAGAGACAUCAUAAUAGAAUUGACUCUGGCAAAGCUAUACAGAAGUAGCUACUCUCACAUCUGUAAUCAGCAUACAAUAAAGAGAACUUUCAUGAA